GGCAAUCUCUGUGAUCGGAGAUAAACCAGCGUUUAAAGGGAGCCAUACCUUUACCCUACGAAUCGAUGUUGGACCAAGAAUAGAGGGGGAUUACCAGAGCCAACCAUGGCUUAUGGAAAGAGACCAGGGACUAUUACCAAAAUACAGGGAGCCAGUUCUCCAUCCUGCCCAGGUCCUGGCCCUGGAUUCACAGCGUAUCCAGGUGAGGAAACACAGGAUUUGAGGAGAGAAUCCCCUCCACCUCGCCACCGCAGAAGCACAGAGCUGUAUCACAACAACCAGCCUACCCCCCCUGGCCUGGCUCGUGUCCGUCCUCUGACCUGUGACCUGAGUACCGAUGGCCUGGACGAGGAGGACACUUGUUCUGAGUACGACAACGUGGGCUCCGACGUGGAGCAGCACUCUGAUGAAGUGCUGCACAGUGUUGGAAACGGAAAGAGCGUGGACGUGACCUACUACACCCACUUCCGCUCCGAGGAGGGCACGUAUGUGGAGACCGUGGUGGACGGCACUGACGAAGGCUGCAGCGUCGUUGGUCGUCGUUCGCCCAGGGAACAUCGCAACUCAGAAAUACAUGAGGAACCACCGCAGGACAAAGAACCUCCUCACUCCGACCGGCAGUUUAGUUCCUGUCCCGCCCCCGUGCCAAGAGGCAAAGAGAACGAUGAGCCGAGGCAGAAACAGGAAUAUUUCUCUGAUGAACCCGAGCAGGAACAGCAGGAUGGAGCCGGACACACAGAGGACGAUACGGAAGGCACGGUUAAGACCUCCGUCGCUCAGCAGGAGAAUAAGGGAGAGAGGAUGAGAAAGAGAGAAGGAGAGGAUAGGGCUAGCGAGCCUAAUGAGGUCUACUCUACAAGGAACUGUGUUAUCCCAGAGAGCAGUAAGAAGUCAGCUAGUGAGUCGUCUCUCAGAAGCACUAAAGAGAAGGCGAGACACAGCAAGGGAAGGGGCAAACUGGAAACAGGCGAGGAUGUGGAGCUUACAGUGCCUGGGGCAAAGGGGUGUCCUAACAGCCCCACUCACCCAGAGGCCCAGAAGAACGGCAGACCAGCAACCAUCAGGCCAAAACCUAGAUCCAACAUCAGUAAGCCACAGCCUCCCCCACAUCAGCAUCCUAACAAGACCCAGAUCCAGGCACACACCAAUCCACAACCCAAACCCAAGCCACAGCCACAGCCCAAACCCCAGCCACAGCCCAAAGCCCAGACCAAGACCCAAAACAAGCCCAAGACCCCUGGCCCACAGACCCACCAACCUCAACAGAGAAGAGGGGGUCCCACCAGACCCACCCCAGAGAAGAGCCAGCCCAUAGCUUCCAGCCCACCUCAAACGCUGCCCCAUAUCACCGAGCUACAGAGGGUGCCGUCUGAAGACAGGGAGGUGUGGGCAGAAACACAAAAACAAAGUGUCGCAGAGCAGCCAAGGAUGCCUCCCUGCUCCCAGCCUAAACCACCAGAGGACAGCAUUGACCAGGUGAAGGUGAAUGCUGAGCAAACGCAAGAAAAGGCUUCUUUUCCAAGCUUUGUGGACGUCCCAGGUCCCUGUGAACCAGAGGACCUGAUCGAUGGGAUCAUCUUUGCUGCUAACUACCUUGGCUGCACUCAGGUGCUGUCAGACAAAAACCCUUCCAAAGCCAUCCGCAUGUCGCAGGCUCAGGAGGCUGUCAGCCGUGUGAAGUGUCAAGACGAAGAUUCACAGAUGGUGACUGAAGUGGACCUGUUCAUCUCCACCAAGGCUGUCAAAGUGUUAAAUGCAGACACACAGGAAACGAUGAUGGACAGUGCCCUUCGUAUAAUCUCCUAUAUUGCGGAUAUUGGGAACAUUGUGGUUCUGAUGGCAAGGAGACGCAUGUCUCAGGCCACCUCGCAAGACUGCACAGAGGACGCUCUGUCUCCUGCUGAGGGUCAGAGGCAGUACAGGAUGAUCUGCUACGUCUUUGAAUCGGAGGACGCACAACUCAUUGCCCAGUCCAUCGGUCAGGCUUUCAGUGUGGCGUACAGAGAAUUUCUCAGAGCCAAUGGAAUCAACCCAAAGGACCUGAGCCAGAAACAAUACAGUGACAUCAUCAAUUCCCAAGAAAUGUACAAUGAUGACCUGAUACAUUUCUCAAACUCUGACAACUGUAAAGAGCUGCACGUGGACAAGCAGAAGGGGGAGAGCCUGGGGGUGGUGAUCGUCGAGUCUGGCUGGGGCUCCAUCCUGCCCACCGUGAUCCUGGCCAACAUGCAGAACAGUGGCCCCGCUGCCCGCUCUGGGAAACUCAACAUUGGAGACCAGAUCAUGUCCAUCAACGACACCAGCCUGGUGGGGCUUCCUCUGGCCACCUGCCAGGGCAUCAUCAAGGGCUUGAAGAGUCACUUGCAGGUGAAGCUGAGCAUCGUGAGUUGCCCCCCGGUUACGACCGUCCUCAUCAAAAGGCCGGACCUCAAGUUCCAGCUGGGCUUUAGUGUUCAGAACGGCAUAAUUUGCAGCCUGAUGCGGGGUGGCAUUGCGGAGCGAGGAGGGGUGCGUGUCGGCCACAGGAUUAUUGAAAUCAACGGCCAGAGCGUGGUUGCCAUGGCACAUGAGAAGAUUGUCCAGACCUUGUCUGUUUCAGUGGGUGAGAUCAACAUGAAGACCAUGCCUGCUGUGAUGUUCAGACUGCUGACAGGGCAGGAGACUCCCGUCUACAUAUAGAGUCUACAUGGAGCCUUACACGGCUUCUGCAUGUUCACAAUGACGAGUGAUACAUUAAGUAAUCCUUUAACUCUAGUGUUGUGACCCUUACUACCCUGGAAGGAAUCUCUUCAAGUUUUCUCUUGAACUACGGUACAUUGUCCCAGUGGAUUGAUGAUGUGUAAAUAGGCUUCUGAUAGUGUGUAUGGAUGCAGUACUGAUGCUCUGGGAGAAUGUGAAGUGAAUAUAAUACCAUGGUUAUUUUCUUAUGAAAAAAGAUAAAGUAGUACAUUUUAUUUUUGAUUUAGUCCUUAUUUUUUUAUAAUAUACAAUGUUAUACAAUGUUGUUUAAUUAUCAGUGCUGCCAACUUUUCCAAAAACCUUGGCGUGAGAUUUGGUAGCCCCGGGCGAGGUUUCGCGAGCUUCACACCCCCCAAAGGGAAGUUUACACGGCUGUUUGCGCGUCAAUGUCGCUUCUCUCGGUUAACCUGCGCGUCGUCUGUUACUGUUACAACGUUUGCUUGGCUACUUGUUUUGCGUUGCCUUUUCAGCGGUAGAUAUACAAGGUGUGACGUGAGUGCGUGAGAAAUUGUUGAAAUGCGUGUGUCACAAGGCGAAACCAUGAGAGUUGGCAGCUCUGAAUUACAUAUAGUUGAAUUUACUGGCAUGUGAAUUAUAUCAUUAGCAUUGGGUGGACCAGUCAAUAAUGGCAGAUAAGUAUUGGGUUUUCAAAGAAGGUAUUGUGCUUUGCUGGAAAAUAUGAGGCAAACUAGGGUGUUAACAUUUUGGCAAUACUAAAGGCCAAAGAUUAUGACUAUUGCAACAUGUAUUCUAAGAUAAACAUUUUGGUGAUUGCCUUCUACAGGUAGGAAGAAUUUAACAAUUGUACAUUUGUUGUAUGAAUGUAAUACCCCCAUACUAAGACAGCAUUGUCAUGGCUGAACCCUUAUAAAAGCAUACCAUUUCCUAAAGUGUUUUAACAAAGUGCCCAUAUGACAUGCAGCACUUAAAAUAAAGGGAUCAAGUU